AUGCUCCUCUUACUCGCACUUGGUGGUUCCUCUCUUCAGCUUGCCUCGAGUCAGUCCUCCGAGUCCAUAGCGCCUUGCUCGUGCGAGAGCCCACAUGACUCCAGGACUCUCUUCGACAUCGCAUGGGGCUGCUUUGCAACAUUGUUUGCAUGCGUAUGGGUGUCCGUACAUCCCAACGUUCCUCCUCCCCCGCCGGAAGAGCCGCUAGAGCCUGGCGUAUGGAAGAGGGUCAAAUGGCAUCUCCAAUGCUUUCUUGGGCCGUUGAAACGCCGUCUAACGCUGAUGGCGGUGGCCGUCCUUGCUCCCGAGCUCAUAUUUGGCCUUGCUGUAAGGCAGCUUGUGAUGGCGCGUCACUUUGCUAGGAAGCACGAGAUUUCCAUUACCCAUGGUUUUUUUGUCGGUAUGGGGGGCUUUGUGGAUGCAGAGAAGCAUCCAGUCGUUACCGACAAACAGAUCGACUCAAAUUCCGCAGUGCGAGCUGAAAUUCAAAGUACUCCACUGUUCAGCAUCCAAGCAAAAAUAUCAACACUUGCCUUUGCCGUGCUCACAUCAUUCAUCUGGCUCAUUUGGUUGAAGAAGCCCCUGGAUGUCCAAGAGCCGAUUCAGCUCACAAAUAGAAUCUCGAUCCUCGACCAGCCUUCAAGUUUUGCUGCGGGUCCAGACCUCCCGCAAGCCGGCACAACCCUUAUCGAGAGUUUGGAUCGUGUGCGCUUGCCAGGCACCGUUCAAGACUCGGCUCGGGACACUGAAGCGGCUGACGCGGAAGCAUCGGCCCGGGCCGUAAAAGCAUUACCAGAGGCUGCACUGGCAGGACUCCCCGGGCCGGAAGCUACAAAAAUCUCCAGUGGAGUGCCAGUGCGAUCUGGCACGUCCAAGCCGAGCCACCGUAAAAUGCUUCUUCAUCACCUGGGCAACAUUCUUGUUGGGGGGCUCAGCUCUUCUGUGGCCAAUCUAAACUCGGCAACUUCUGUCCCCGCAUUUUGGUGUGGGGUUAGAAAUGAUCUUCCUGCUUCUCUUGUUUUGGGGUCACUCAUCCUCGAGCUCAUUUGUGGAUCGGUUUUUGGUGCCAUACACUGCAUUGUGUGGUUUGUUGAAUUUCCCAGUACCAUGGAGAUGUGGAUUUGGCGCAGCUCUGCAGCUUUGAUCAGUGCAGUCGCGCCGAUUUUCAUUCUUCCUUUCCUCAUAUACUUCAUGGUGCGAACACUUGUGGAGCUCUCCUGGCUAGUCAUAUCCUUCCUGUGGCAACACAUAUCGCGCGGGGACACCAGAGUAAAGUUGGCAAAGGAUUGGGAUGACGUUGUGGGAUCGGUGCUAGGGCCAGUGUUUCUGUUCGUCUGGGUUCUCUAUGGGGUCAUUUAUUGCCUUGCACGAGCGUUGAUCCUGACGCUCAUGCUGACAACCCUCCGCUCCCUCCCCGCAGAGGCAUUUAUCAAUGUGAACUGGAACCUAUACAUCCCUCACUUGUAA